CUUUAGCGCGGUCAUGACACCUCUCUCUGCUGGCCAACGCCACGCUGCCCAGUUCGAGCGCCUGGAGGGUCGAUUUUUCCGAGUAGGUGGCUCAAAUCUCGAACCGGCAGGAGCCCCCUCUCAUAGCGAUGACGAGAGCGACGACGACACAAAUUUCAUCGUACGAGGGGGGCUCCGAAAAUCGACAGAGGCUGCAGCCGAUUCUUUCGCCGUGCGACAGCUUUGGGCCAAGCGCCAAAUUAACAGCGUCGUCUUCUACCUAGUGCAGUGGGAGAGUCACGAAGACCUCACGUGGGAGCCCACACAUAACUUACCAUUAGACCUUGUGGCAAGGUUCGAGGCGAGCCAUAAGCACUCCGUGUGGGCCUAUCAGUCCACUCGUGGCAGGCUUCGGCAGCUGAGAGCAGAGUGCCCCACACGCCGAUCGACGCGAAUUCGCGCUCGCAGCUCCCUUCGUCGGCAACUCGGCUAACAUCUGCGCUAGCAUCGAAUAUGUAGGCUCCACUUGUCCCCCAAACACUCUCUUUUAACACUGUAAUAUAUUCUGCA